AUGCAGUGGAGGCGAAUCGCUGAGUAUCUCCACCUAGAAAAACUGUGCACCCGUCUGAUCCAUCACCGCUUCUUCUGCGAUCCUCCAUAUGUUGACGUACCCAAGCCCCAGCGGGACAAAUCGGAAAGGAAGCCGUAUGUUAGUCCCGUAACAGAGUUGAUUCGCCGGGCUAGGAAAGAGCGAGAAGCCAGAAAGGCACAUCCCGUGAGAAUGCUCGAGGACCCACCUCACAACGGCUUGUUGGUCCCUCAACUCGUUCACGUCGCUCACCGGGUUUAUCUAGCUCGCGAGUCCCUCCUCUCUGGCGUUGCUAAGCUUCUCGCCUCCAUUCCCCUCCUCAUCUGUUCUGCCCCGAGGUUCACGUCGGCCGUGUUGGUCACGGGAUACGGACCUGCAAUGGCCCGGAAAGUAGCACGCGAAGCGCUACGCACAGUUACCCACAAGGAGAAGCAUCACGUUCCACGGAUCCCCGCCAUUUUGGAGCUCUGCAUCCAGGCUGGAGUCGACCUUGAUAAGUAUCCCACUAAGAGAAGGACCAAGCCUAUUUAUUCUGUGGAAGGCAGGAUUGUUGAUUUCGAGGAAGGAAUGAUGGAAGACGAUGAUGAGCAAUUGAUGACGACGGAGAAAAGAACCACUGUUGUUCGUUCUGAUUGUUGUUCUGUGCACGAUUUAGACUUGAUGCAAACAAGCACUGCGACGAUGGAAUCAUGGUUCCAGAUGUUAGCUGGAGUAAAAGAGUUGAUGGGUAAGUACAGUGCGUGGACGUGUGGUUUUUGCCCUGAGGUUCAGGUUGGUCCAAAGGGACACAAGGUGAGGAAUUGCAGGGCGACAAAGCACCAGGCUCGUGAUGGGCAGCAUGCAUGGCAGGAAGCAAGGAUCGAGGAUUUGAUUGGUCCCAAUUAUGUAUGGCAUGUGGGUAACUUGGAUGGGCCGCCAUUGCAGAAUAGCUUGAAGAGGUAUUAUGGGAAGGCUCCUGCGGUAGUGGAACUGUGUGUACAUGGUGGUGCGGCUAUUCCGGAUGAGUAUCAGAGUAUGAUGAGGGUGGAUGUGGUUCCUCCUGGCCAGGAUGAAGUUGAUAUUGUUGCUUGA